AUGGGGAACUUCGUGAUGAACUACAAUAUGCAGAACAUGAACAAGGAGUUACCUGAACUCUUCUCCAUGCUAAAAUCUGCUGAGAUUGAGAUACAGAAAGAGUACCAAGUGUUGAUGGUCAACAAGACCACCAGUUUCAAGAAGCAAGGCAAACCUAAGAAGGGUAAUAUCAAGAAGGGCGGCAAGAAAGCUGUCGCUCCUCCUGAGAAGCCUAAGGGUGGCCCUAAACCUGAUACUGAUUGCUAUUACUGCAAUGGGAAGGGGCACUGGAAGCGUAAUUGCCCCAAGUACCUGGCUGAUCUGAAGAGCGGCCUUGUCAAGAAGAAGAAAGGUAUAUCUGAUAUACAUGUUAUAGAUGUUUAUCUUACUGGUUCUCGUACUAGUGCGAAGGUUCAGUACAAAAGAUCGACUCCUAGUGAGUCAGCAGAAGCAGUCGCACAUCAUAAGGAUAUCGACAUCUAA